GGCCUCGGAAAGCGCCAAGACCUCAUCCGUCCCAACAAAAACGCCGGUGUCAAAGCAUCACGUUAGAGGCAAGUUUGACUUCCAUGACGUGGUUCCCCCUCUGACCGAGCUCCCGAUCGUAGCAGCUACGACGAAUGACGAGAAAGCACAUGGCUCAGCUGAUUUCGUCGAAGCACCAAACACAAAGGUAAACCUACCAUACACACAGUACACUGUUACAGGUAUAUCUCUCCGACAGCGUCAGCUGCCUGGCUGAGAACCCUGUCUCACUUUUCAGCGUCUCACCUGCCGCUACCCGGGUGCCUGUGCCUGGUGACGCCGCCGUCUGCAGUCCGCCUCGCUUGGCACCGGCCGUUUACAUCUUGACUGAGGCACCACCUACGGAGGUACCUGACAGGAGAUUUUCCUUUACCCAGCUGGCGAUUGUCCCAGCGACGGGAGCUUUUAACGACGACAGCACCGUUUAACAUCCAGGGCGCCGUUCGCCAGCAUGCGCGAUCCCUUCCCGAUUCCGCCGAUCCCGGCGCUGAGCAAGGCCGUCGAGCCUCUGGCCGAGCGGCUCAACAUGCCGACCCUGCCCUUCCACAUCCACGAAGUCGUCGGCGCCGCCCUGCUCUACACCUUCAUCCAGACCGUCGCCUCACCCGUGCUGUCGACCCGGUUCUUCCCCAAGUACUACCCGCGCCACAACCGCGCUAAGAAGGCCAACUGGGACACCCAUGUCGUCUCGCUGGUUCAGAGCCUCCUCAUCAACGCCUUGGCCCUAUGGGUCAUGUUCGCCGACAAGGAGCGCAGCGCCAUGGACUUUGAGCAGCGCAUAUGGGGCUACACGGGUGGUUGCGGCUUAAUCCAGGCGCUCGCGGCGGGCUACUUCGUCUGGGAUCUGGGCAUCACCCUGCUGAAUCUCGACAUCUUUGGUCUGGGUCUGCUCGCCCACGCCGUCAGUGCUCUGGCGGUAUACACCUUGGGUUUCCGCCCCUACCUCAACUACUACUCCCCGACCUUCAUCCUCUACGAGCUAUCCACCCCCUUCCUCAACAUCCACUGGUUCUUGGACAAGCUCAACAUGACGGGCACUAAGCCCCAGCUCUACAACGGCAUCGCCCUUCUUGUCACCUUCUUCCUCUGCCGCCUGGUGUGGGGCACCUGGCAAUCCCUCGUCGUCUACGCCGACAUGUGGCGCUCGAUCCACCACGCCCCGUCCGCGGGCUACCUGGCCGCUUUCUUCUCCGAGAAGUCCACUGCGUCGAGCAACCCAGACACGAACCCCAUGUUCUUUGCGCGCGACGCCGCCGCCGUGCCGCUCUGGCUGACGGCCGUCUACAUUGCUAGUAACAUCGUGCUCAACGCGCUCAACUGGUACUGGUUCGUUAAGAUGGUGGCCGCCGUGCGCAAGCGCUUCGAGCCAACCAAGCCGGGCAAGAGACAGCCGCUGCCGGCGGAUGCCGUGCCCGUCACUAAGGUGUCGGCGGUCGAGGACAAGGACCGCAUGACGGUGCGCCACCGCAGGGCGCCAUCAAUCGAGGAUGUCGUGCCGGAUAGUGACGAGCUCAGGGAGGGGACGAUUCAGUGAGCAGCAGUAGUUGCAGGCAGGGGUGGAUAGAUCUGCCGUUGUUGUGGCGUUGGUGUGGUUCGACUAUAAUGGACAACACAAAGGGGAACUGCAAUGGGGGUAAUGGCGACCAUACUAAAUGUUGGACUGCGAUACUGGAUCGGGUGGCGUAGGUGGACGGUCUGUCUCCGCGUCAUUCCCUCUUCCUGUCGGGGAGAGACAGCGUGUGGUUUCGAAAUGGUUGUGUCUGGACGGAGCUCCAGCAUGGAGAUUCGGGGCUGGAUCUAUAGUGUUAUAGCGCAAUGUCAUGUUACAUACAU